GACAAAUUUAUAACCGGAAUUCUUGGAAUUCAUUGGGGGUUUUUUAUUAGUGCUGAGUUAACUAUAGUGCAAAGUCGUAUCUCUUUGAUUCAUAAGAUCCAAAAAGUUUAUCGAUCCCAGGGGGUCCAGAUUCAUAAUCGGCAUAUUGAAAUUAUUGUACGUCAAAUAACAUCAAAAGUUUUAGUUUCAGAAGAUGGAAUGUCUAAUGUUUUUUUCGCCUGGAGAACUUAUUGAAUUGUUGCGGGCAGAACGGAUGGGGCGUGCUUUAGAAGAACCUAUUUAUUAUCGAGCCAUAUUAUUGGGAAUAACAAAAGUAUCUCUCCAUACUCAAAGUUUCAUAUCGGAAGCGAGUUUUCAAGAAACUGCUCGGGUUUUAGCAAAAGCAGCUCUCGGGGGGCGGAUCGAUUGGUUGAAAGGCUUGAAAGAGAAUGUUUGUUUUGGGUGGGGUUAUACCGGCCGGGACUGGAUUCAGAGCAUUAGUCCACCCCUCAAAACAAUAUAAUAACAGUUAUUUCCAAAAACAAAAAAACAAUCUAUUUAAGGCG